AUGAAACCUCCUAGAAGUCUUACUCAAUUAAGAUCUUUCCAAGGUAGGUUGGUAUAUCUAAGACGCUUUAUAUCCAAUUUGUCCAGUAGAUGCCAACCCUUUGCAUCCCUUUCAAAGAAAGAUUCAGAAUUCUAUUGGGAUGAUAGCUGCCAAAAAGCUUUUGAUAGUAUAAAAUACUAUCUUUUGUCCCCUCCAAUUUUGGCCGCUCCCAUUCCAUGGAGGCCAUUAAUUCUUUACACUGCAGCUUUAGAUGAGUCUCUUGGAGCUUUGUUAGCCCAAACCAACAAUGAAGGAAAAGAGAAUGCUUUAUACUACUUGAGCAGACGUCUAAUUCCUACUGAAAUGAAUUACCCUUCCAUUGAGAAGCAUUGCUUAUGCCUUAUUUUUGCUGUUCAAAAACUUAGGGAUUACAUGCUCUAUCAUAAAGUCAAUUUGAUCUCUAAAGUCAAUCCCCUUCAAUACCUCAUGACUCGUCCAACACUCUCAGGAUGCUUAUCUAGAUGGGCCAUGAUACUACUUCAAUUCGAUAUCACUUUUACUCCCCAACGUGAUGUAAAUGGGCAAGCUUUUGCCGAUUUCUUAGCAGCACACCCAAUACCGGCAGGAUCUCCCUUGAAUGAUGAUCUUCCUGAUGAACAAAUAAUGAAUUUAGAUGACCAUGAAAGCCCCGCUUGGGAGUUGUAUUUUGAUGGUGCGGCCUCUUUCCAAAGAGGUACUGAACCACAAAGUCUUCUCCCCCGUAAGGCUGGAGUUGGUUUGAUAUUCAUAACACCUGAUAAAGCUCUAUUGCGAUAUUCUUACAGUUUAUCAGACCCUUGUACAAAUAACGAGGCGGAAUAUGAAGCUCUGAUAACUGGUUUAGAAUUAGCAAUAUCAAUGGAAAUUAAAAAUAUCAAAAUUUAUGGUGAUUCACAGUUGGUGAUUAACCAAGUUGCGGGAACCUACAAAGUUUUGAAACCCAACUUGCUUAAAUACCACUCGUAUGCCAUGAAAUUGUUUGAACAAAUUCCUAAUGCAACUUUGGUUAGAAUACCGCGUGGUCAAAAUGCUACGGCGGAGGUUCUAGCAAAGCUUGCUAAGGAAAUGUCAUGUCCUGGAAAGGGUUCAAUCCAAAUAGAAGUUCAAAAUCGCCAAAUUUUGUCUCCUAUUGACUUUGAAAAUUUGAAUGAACCUUCUUCUUUGGGUGAGUUUUCAUUUGUGGUAAAUGAUGAGGAUGAUUGGUGCCAACCAUUCAUUGAUUAUCUCCAAAAUGGUAAACUACCAAAGGAGAAGUCUGUUGCUCACCAAAUAAAGAAUAGAGCGUUGUCAUUUUCACUGAUCAACAACACCUUGUAUCGGCGAUCAUUUGACCAAAUGUGGUUGUGA